AAAAUAGAGAAGUAUUUAUAGAGUGUGGGCGUGUACACUUUGUGUAUACAUAUAACAUAUUUGUACUUUUUUUACCUUCUUAAGCAAAGCCCAUGGACUGGAGCAGCGCAAGCCAGUCGAAUGUCAUCAUCGUCACUGACACAUAAAUUGCUCCCCUCUAUCAUCCGCCAACCUCCUUCUCUACGGCGACUUUCAGGUGACGCAUUCCGCCGACUCAAGCUCUACUUCUUUCCCUCUGCCCGACAUAGGUGCUCUUUUUUUUUGCAACUCACAAUCAGCUAUAUUAUUUGUUUCUAAAGCUGGUGGUAGGAAUUGAGGAACUCUCUCUAAAUGCACGUGACAAUAUAAUUCGUGAAUCAAUCACCUGUGAGGAAAAUAUAGGGUUUAUGUCCUGAGAAUUGCCUAUAUAUAUUCUGCAAGACAAUGACUGCGCGGGUAAGGAACCUUUAUGGGAGGUCACAUUUUGAAGAUAAAGAUUAUCUGUCCUACUUAGAAAUCAAAUACAUCAGUUCUCAAAGAGGAAGAAGCCUUGAAAGGAGUGAUAAUCCUAUUAACAAUGACAAUGAUGAUUUUGACUCUCAGUAUGUAAUGUUUUUAAAUAACACUAAACAAAAAGGAAUCAAGUCAUAUGUGACCGCACUUGAAGAGAACGGAUUACUCAUUUUCAUUGACUAUGAGAAGGAAGGGAGUUCUAGCGAUGAGUGGGAUGAAAAUAAUAAUCUCUCAAGCAAAGUGAAGAACAUGGAGUAUGAUUCAGAAGGUUCCACGUUUGAGGAGGUCAUGAUCGACGGAGAUUACAAGGGUUAUUUAGAAAUCAGAUAUGGCAAUCAUCAAGAAGGCGAUGCUGAAAGGGGAUAUAAUCCAGACCAUAAUAAAGAUGACGCAAAUGGCAAUGAAGACUAUGACCCUGACUAUGUGAUGUUUUUAAAUAAUAUUAAACAUGAUGGGGUGUCUUAUGGAACUGCAUUUGAAGAGAACGGAUUACUGAUGUUUAUUGACUAUGAGAAGGAAGGGAGUUCUAGCGAUGAGUGGGAUGAAAAUAAUAAUCUCUCAAGCACAGUGAAGAACAGGAAGCAUGAUUCAGAUGGUUCCAAUUUUGAGGAGGAGAUCAUGAUCGACGGAGAUUAUAAGCGUUAUUUAGAAAUCAGAUAUGGCAGUCAUCAAGAAGGUGAUGCUGAAAGGGGAUAUAAUCCAGACCAUAAUAAAGAUGACGCAAAUGGCAAUAAAGACUAUGAUCCUGACUAUAUGAUGUUUUUGAAUAGUUUUAAACAUGAUGGGGUGUCUUAUGCGACUGCAUUUGAAGCUAAUGGAGUGCGCACGUUCAUAAACUAUGAAAAAGAAGGGAACCACAACGCUGAUCGAAAUGAUGAUCUCACGUGUGCACUGAAGAAGGGGAGGAAAGGAGAUAAAGUAGAAGGAAACAAUUGGAAGAAUGUGAAGGGGAAAAUGUCAAAUGGUGCAAAGGGUGGCCUGGGAAGUUCUGAGGCUCCAAACAUCAAGGAGGACGAAAUGGUCCAACCAUUUACUCCGCUGCCUAAGGGAGAAAGAGUUAUUCAUAAGAAUGUACAGAGGCGUAUUACGAGGAGCAACUCAAUGAAAAAACAGAAAACUUCACAGACCGUACUUGAAGAAAAUUAUGUAGAUAAAGAUUAUGCUCUUCUCCUGCAAGCUAUGAAAGUGCACUGUGAAGAGCAUGCAUCUAAAACUGUGUCUCCAAAUAAGCAUGCUGUUGAAUAUGAUCAUGAUGAUUCCGGGGAUGAUGAGGUUGUUGAAAUAGAUUAUUCCAAGUUCUCUAAUGUAGGAAGAUCUCAUUCAUUUUCCCCUCAAAUGCAUUACUGCGAGGUAGGAAACACAUUUGAACCUGUGUGCAAGGACGCGGGCUCUGAAUUUAGACAGAAGGUCAUCACUUUCCUCAAGAGACCCUUUGACCAAACGGAAUAUGAAAAGCUUUUGCAUGAUGCCAAACUCCAAAAACCUGUGGAAAGAAAUUUGGAGUUACGGCAUGGGAGAGAUAAGUAUUGCCCGUUAGAUAGGAUUGGAAAAUCUUAUCUUGACUAUUUUGAAGAUUUCAACAACAAAUUUGAACAAGCAGGCUCUAACAAAUAUAAAACGUUGAACAUCUUGCGCGGGUUUUUCUUUUGGCUACAGAAUAUUACUCAGGAAGGAGCAUUCAAGCCUUGGAAAGAUCCCACAUGUCUUGCCGUUAUUCCUGGAUUUGGGUAGAUGUUUCACCCUUAAAAUAUACUCCUAUUUUCUUUAUUUGGGAGGAAAAUGCCGAGUAGGGAGAAUGCUUUUUGCAUUAAAAGUGGCCUUGAAACUGCAAACGGCUAUUCCUUGUUAUCCCACGGUAUUGUGUAGUUGUGUAUCUGAAAAAAGCAAUAAAACUAAUAUGGCCCAGAUCGGUGUUGAUAAGCAUUUACACUCAAAUGGCCCAAAUUUUACAGCCAUUUCUUCCAUCGUGUUUGGCUUUUUGUUAAGGAAUUGGGAGAUUCUAUUUGCAGCCUCUAUAUUGCUA